AUGUUCUUAUCAUCCUCAGUUAUGUGUUUAUCUCGAUUACUUACAGAUUCAUCAGUUAUGCUUUUAUCUUCACUUAGUAGUGUAAGGCACUUUAAUGCCAUCCACCUCCAAAACCCCCUACCCCCUAUCACCAACCCCAAUCCCUCUAUUAUUUCCACAUAUCUCCUCCACAAGAUAUUGUUCCUUCGCCUUUAAUCUUUCCCACCCCUUCCUGUUAGUUAUUCAACCACCUUUUCACGUGUGUUCCCAGAUUAUUCACCUUUAUAUUUAUUAUGUUUAUC